GUGUGGCAGAGUGUACUAGUUGAUCAUAACUACGACUGCGUAUGUCGGACUUCCUGGUCAGACGGGGCUCCUCGGGAGGAUAAAAAUACAUUAUUUAUCACACUUCACCUUGAAUUAUUAUACAUUCAAAGGCGUCGUGUUUAUUCCAGCUGUGUUGCUUUACACGGGGUUGAUAGAGAAAUCUGCCCGGAGGCUUGUUAACAUCCAAGUUAGCUCGUCAGCUACACCCCGUAGCCAGCUCACCGUCCUGCCCUAGUCAUGUCCGCCUCGGCCGGCUGCUCCCCGGCGGCCCAGAGCUCGGCCCUCGGACCCGGCAUGUCCAUGUUCCGCUGGCUGGAGGUGCUGGAGAAGGAAUUUGACAAGGCCUUCGUGGACGUGGAUCUGCUGCUGGGAGAAAUCGACCCGGACCAAGCCGACAUCACCUACGAGGGCCGGCAGAAGAUGACCAGCCUGAGCUCCUGCUUCGCCCAGCUCUGCCACAAAGCCCAGACCGUCUUCCAGCUCAACCACAAACUCGAGGCCCAGCUGGUUGACCUGCGCUCAGAGCUGCUGGAGGUUCAGGCCGAGCGAGCAGUGGUGGAGAGGGAGGUCCAUGACCAGCUUCUGCAGCUUCAUGCUCUUCAGCUGCAGCUUCAUGCAAAGCAGGGCCAGGCCGAAGACUCAGACUCCAUAAAAGACAGACUGCCUGCACCCACAGUAGAGGAGAUGGAACGGGAGCUGGAGGCCAGUAAGAAGGAGAAAUUGGCAGAGGUGAGGCUGGACGCAGAGGUGAGGUUGCACAAGAAGGAGAAUGAGGCCCUCCGCAGGCACAUGGCGGUACUGCAGGCUGAGGUGUACGGCGCCAGACUCGCCGCCAAAUACCUGGACAAGGAGCUUGCUGGCAGGGUGCAGCAGAUCCAACUACUGGGCCGUGACAUGAAAGGGCCUGCCCAUGACAAGCUGUGGAACCAACUGGAGGCAGAGAUCCACCUCCACCGCCAUAAGACAGUCAUACGAGCCUGUAGGGGGCGUAAUGAUCCAAAGAAACCUCUACCCUCGCCUGUGGGCCACGACCCCGACAUGUUGAAAAAAACCCAGGGAGUCGGCCCUAUCAGGAAGGUGGUGCUAGCCAAAGAAGAUCAUGAGGGGCUGGGCAUCUCCAUCACGGGUGGCAAAGAGCACGGCGUUCCCAUCCUGAUCUCCGAGAUCCAUCCAGGCCAGCCAGCGGAACGAUGCGGAGGUCUGCACGUCGGAGAUGCCAUCCUGGCCGUCAACAGCAUCAACCUGCGAGACGCCAAACACAAGGAGGCUGUCACCAUCCUGUCCCAGCAGAGAGGACAGAUAGAAUUCGAGGUGGUGUAUGUGGCUCCGGAGGUGGACAGUGAUGAUGAGAAUGUGGAGUACGAAGAUGACAACGGCCAUCGCUACCGACUCUACCUGGAUGAACUGGAGGAUGGAAACACAGCACAGUCGGCCAACAACUCGGCAUCACUGCAGGCUCUAGAGAAGAUGUCAGUGAGUGACGGACCAGAGAACGGAGAUACCGGGAUCUCCAGCGAGACGCCCUCGGAGGAAACCCCCUCCAAGGCUGCCGAGACAGACAGCUCCUGCUAGAGGCUUGGUGUGGGACUCCAGGCCUGGCCAUUGGUAUGUGGAAGGGACUACAGGAGCGAGUGGAUUACAGGCGGAAAAUCACUCUCUCAUUUAAAGAUUUCAAGAUUUCUGUGAGACAAGGAACAAAGGAAGAUGGAAGGAGGCGGUCUUGUUUCCUUAUUUCCUCUGGUGGAUGGGUGGUGAUGUUUUGAGGUAUAGUGCGGGGAUGUGGGGGUGAUUUAAGGUGAAAGUACCUGGUUUGAGUGGAAGCAGUGCUGUAAGACAGGAAGAGAAGACGGAUGGAUUGGACAGACUGAACUAUAUGUGUGAAUUUUUUGUUAUAUAUAGCCCACCUAUUACUUCUACUGUCAUUGAGAGACUGAUCUAAAUCCACAAGAUGGUUAUAUGAAUGAUCUCGCAAAAUGACAAAAGGAAGUAGUUGUCAAGUAGUUGUCAUGAAAAGACAAUGUCAUUAGGGAAGUGGGUGUAGGGGUGGGCUUUUGGAAAACCCUUUUUCUCCUUCUGUUUAGUUACUGAUGUGUUCUGUUCUUCACUACAAUAAAAAAAUACAGUUCCUGACAGGGACACGAGGAGGGGGUUAUCUAGUAAUAUCUGUGCCAAUAAUCAAACAUUUUUGUCUGAGCUGAAAUGAUGUUUUCUUUAACUUUGUGUGAGUGAGUGCAGAAAGAUAAUUCUAAGUUCACUGUGUACUGUUUGUUUGACUUUGGAGGAACAUUUUGAUUUUCUAGUGCACAUACCAUACUUUGUGAAAAGCUUACCACCGAUAUUGUGUAUUAUGUUGAUUCCUUAAACUUUCCGGCUUUAUGAUGAUAGAGGCAUCAUAAAACUGGAAAGCUUAUAACGUGUGCUUGCCAGGCAUGGAAAACCAACACAAAAUGAGUGACCAGUGAGGCUAGUGGUCAGUCUUAAUUAUUUUUGAGGAAAUAAUAAGUUAAUAAAAACAAAAUUCCCAGAUGACCCAAAUGGUCACUGUGCAAUCCUGUCUGUGCAAUCCUGCCUGUAGUCACCGUUGCACUUUUUUCCAACUUCACUUGUAACACAUUUGAAAGCAAGACAAGGUAAAUGGGUAAUAGUAUUGAAUAAUGUGCCUGUACAGGAGGUCAUUUUACCUAUUUGAAAUUACCCAUAUUGAAAGCCUAGGAGGGAGAAUUUUUACUCCUAGACUUCUUUGAAGACAAAAUGUUCUUCCAAAGUUAAAGCUUUUAAAGUUGGCUUUUUAAGAAUGAAAUUCAUCCAACUCCACCAGUGUGUCCCUUUCUGGGCUAGCAGUGUGAGCGCUCACAUUGUCCCGAUAUUUAGUUCUUUGGGAAAGACUGGUCCCUCAAAAAUAGUAUUUGAAAAAGCGGAAAAAUAACAUUGGGAUUGUCGCUCCGCUAACAGAGCGACAGUCACGUUAAUAGUACAGACGGGUUCUCGUCGAGGGCUUUCGGGUGCUGUAACUCCUCCCCUGGUGGCCAUACUGGGGGUCCUCGUGGGCGGCGGUGGCUAUAAGCCUGUGAUUGUGUUUCUAAAGCCACUUGUCCAUCUCAACAGAAAUGAACUAUUUAAUUUCUCUGCUAAUUUUUCCAAACCAUAGUCAGCAAUGUAUAAUUGGCUGACACUGCACUAUAGCUGAACGAGGCAUUACCUUUUUACUGGGGCUUAGUAAGAGUUAUAACUGAUGUCUAUGAGGAACAUGGCUUAUCUAAAAAAACCUUUAUUAACCAUGAGAUGAAGCACUGCCAAAGCCUCUAACGUUGUGGCAGAAAAUGGCAGAUUAAUGUGUAAAUAGGCUACAAUCUACAAUUGCACCUGUAACCCAUCUUGCAUCUUUGUAGUUACCUGACAAUUUUUUACUAAAUUGAAGAAAGUCAUUUUAAAUUAGAAUAAUCCUAAGUUAGAAUCAAAUCCAUUUUCAAGUGUAUAUAGGUGUUUCAUUCUUUUCAUAGUGGACAUCGUAUCACUAAACCUCCAUCUUUCAAACACCAUCUAUAUUGGCACUGUCCUCUCAGUGUUUGUCUGAUUAGGAUAGCACCUUGACCUUCGGGCAUCUCUAUAACAAACGGCACAGCUGACUCUGGAAAUGAGUUAUUAGGUUGUGUACGUUCAAUAGAAUAAGAUCAUAAUUUAGCUGCCUCUGACUAAACUUGCUAUUUUGAAGCUUUGAGCUUCAUAACUCGGCGCUUCAAGGAACAAAAUACUCAUGCCAAGCAACUUAUCCAGUUAACUUUUAUCCAUGUACAAGAAAAAAAAAAAAAACAUAACUGUCUGUGUUAUCACCUCUAUUUAUCACACUAGCUAAUGUAUUUUGUAGAAGCUAGUAUUAGUCGUGGCUGGUAGUCACAUGCCCAUUUUCAAAACAAUCUCCCGUGUCAGAGUAUUCACUUUUACUUUUAACACUACUGAGUAGAUCUACAGCCAUACCACAAGAGCCUUUUUAUGUUAGCUCUGUGUCCUUUUCUAGCCUUGUUAUAUAUUGAAGACAUUAAUCAACAGCCAACUCUCUGAUGGACCUCCAUGAUGAAGCCAAGCCGUGGUUGCUGGUAGAUAGCAAAGCCUCUGUCUGAGUACCCUCACCCUCAUCUGCUGUUUUUCUUCUCUGUCGAUGGUGAUGCAUGCAGACUGCACCCAGGCCUGUUUUAAUAUGACUGUUGUUCCACUUAACGAAGGACAUCAUAUUGAGACAAGCUGCAGGAGUCAUCAGUGUUAGGAGCGAGUGACAGCCACCAUCAUCUAAAGACAGAAGGAAAAAAAAAUGCAAAGAACAUUAGUAUUUGUCCUCGAUUUGAUCCCAAGCUGUUAACCCCGGUGUUGAAGUGAAGUUUACACGUCUGGCAUACAGUAUGUUUCUUGAAUUGGUGAAUAAAUCCCAAUUCCUAUUAAGGCCAGGCCUCCUUUGCCAAGGUGAUGGAUUAAUUUCCCAUGCCAUGCUAAAGCAAUACCAUAUAUUGGUAAGAUUCCUGCCUGUUACUGGUGAGUAGCACAUUAUUAGUUCCUUGUGUUUUCAUUGAUGUUGUUUUUUGUUUUUUGUUUUUUGUUUUUUGUUUUUCCUGUAUGCAAUGAAUAUAGGCUGUCGUCUUACAUUCUGUACGUGACCGGAUUUGUCAUUUAUAAUUGUGCCAUGUAGUUAAUAUUGAUAUUGCUUGCUAUUAAUGCUAAUUCUAUGCCCAGCUGCUUUGACCAAUCUUCUUUCCAAACAUGGGCCCCUAAACAUUGUGUUAUAUGAUAUUAAUGGUGGUCACAGACAAAAUAUACUGUCUAUAGUAGGUAAUAAGUAGAAAUGCAUUUUACAAGGAUAUGUUGGGAGAUUUGUUGUCUAAGACACUGUACAGACUAAUGUUCAGUUGCCAGAAAUUAAAAAAAAAUGUUGCAAUAUUUGUAUUUUUUGACACCUUUCCUAAAUGACAUACCUGUUUUGUACCAUACUUGCUGAUCUUAGUUAAUACAUCACCUCUUGUCCCUCACUAUGUCAUGUUUAUACCAAAACAUUACUAAACUUUAAAUGGUUUCUAUCAGAUUAAAGGUUUGUAUUUUGAUCCUCUGACUGGUAGCCUGACCCAGCUAUCCUAAUGAAAUGUGAAUACUAAACCCCACUUCACACUCGGAGCCUCGGUAAGGUCAAGGCCACAGCCCCUGUUCAUUGGUUUAUAAACAACGAAAGCUGUUCUUAGUGUUUAAAUGCUUUUAGGAUACUCAGGCCAGGUUUUUGCCUCUGCAGAACCAAAUAAUAUAUAAUGUACAAAUGCAAACAGGAAAGAACCUGAAUAAAGUAUAAUUGAUGUUGACUGUU